AUGAUUUACAUCAUCUUAUUAUUUGCUAUUGCCUCUUUAGCAAAAUCUCCUUUAUCUGAUGAAAACCGAGAUUAUUUUAAAACGAAAACUGAACAUAAACGAACAUUAUUUUUUUCAAAUGACUGGACAAAAACAACUGUUGAUAAUUUCCAAUUUGCUGCAGUUCCAUUUCCUCCAAAAUCUAGUUCACAAAUAUACGAUGAAACUAAAAUAAAUUAUAAUCAAUAUGAGGAUGCUUUAAUUCUUGAAGGAUGGUGGUUUUUAGUAAUGGCAUGUGCUGUUGUUGUUAUUUCAUUUUUAUGGUAUUUGGCACGUCCAUGUUUAGGAGGAGUUCGAGGUACACAAGGGUGUUUCUGUCCAAAGCCAUUUAAAAAGGCAUCUGGAGAAGGAUAUUCAUAUAUUCAUGUAAAAUGGUGUCAAAUUAUUAUUAUUGGUUGUUUUAUUAUUUCUAUUAUUCUUAUCCUUUUAUUGAUAAUGUAUAAUGCAUCAAUUAGAGCAAAGAUAAAUGCAGUUAGAACUUCAAGUGAUAAUACCGUUGAUUCAGUUGAUAGAAAUAUUAGAAUUGUUCAGAGUGCAUUUAAUGAUAUGCCUUUUGAGUCUCAAAAGGCAGAUUUUGACAAUAAGAUUAAAAUGAUGUCAUAUAUUAAAGAUGGAGUAGAAAAAGGUGUUGGUAGUCUUAGUGAUUAUGUAAAAGAAUAUAAUCGUUCUAGAGAAGGAUUAGAAUUAUUUGCUAUUUAUAUUACUUCUUUCAUGUUAGGUCUUUUAUUAUUUGCAGCAUGUACAUUUCAUUAUCAAAUGGCAAGUGGACUGUCUAUCUUUGGAUGGUUACUUGCUGCUGUUUUUAUUAUUGCAGCUGCUGUAACAUAUCCUAUGGAUAUUGCUGUAGCUGAUGCUUGUUUAGUUGGAGAUAAGAUAUUAAAUUCUAAUAGUUAUGAGACUCAAAGUGUUGUUUUAUAUUAUUUUCCAAUCAAUGAUCCUUCAGUUACCCAAAUGAUUGGAUUAUUUGAAGAUAAGUUGUUACCAGAAACUAUUUCUAAAAUGAAAUUGUUUUUAGAAGAACAUUGUGGAAAAGAGUUAUUAUGUAAUUCAUUCCCUGCUGACUCCUUGACAGUUAGUAAUUAUAAUGAUUAUAGAAAUGUUCCAUUUAUUCAUAAUACAACAACAUUAUAUUCAUAUUCUUCAUGUACUCAGUAUUGUGACUCAGCUAAUAAAAAGGUUGCAAAAGAAUAUGGUGAUUAUUAUUCAACUAUAGAUGCUAUUAACAGUUGUAUUAAAGGACCAUUAGAGAGUUUAAGACAUGGAGAACCAUUUGAAAGUUAUCUUUUUAAUGUUAUGAGUUUCAUGUGUACAAAAGACCUUCAUACUUAUACUUUUGUUACGACUUGUCUAUCAUGUGCUGUUGGAUUAGUUAUUUGGAUUAUUUCAUUUAUUUCUAUGUUAGCUGGAAAACGAUUUAAUAAACAUAAUCGGUCUCGUGCUACUGAAAAAGAAAUUGCAUUUAGAGGUACUGCUAAUCAAUAUGAAUUACCAAAUUUCAACUUAAUUGAUUAUUAA